AUGAGCAACGACGUGCGCCAAGCCUCCGGGGGCAGCGGCGGCAAAGCAAAGCGACGAUUGACAGAUGUCAACGAAGAUAUCAGAGCAAACCCUGCUGAUGAAAGCGCCGCUUAUCCUAAAAGGCAGCGCGUUUCGCGCGCCUGCGAUAGCUGCCGGUCGAAGAAGGACAAGUGCGACGGGGCCCAACCGGUCUGCUCGACCUGCGCUUCGCUAUGUAGGCCUUGCACGUACAAGACGAAUCCCAAGAAGCGAGGCCUACCGACCGGAUAUAUUCGCACGCUUGAACUUUUAUAUGGUAUCAUCUUCACAAAGAUUCAGGGUAGUGAGGAUGUAGUGCGUGCUUUGUUAAAGGCGGCCAAUAUACCUAGCCAUUUGGCUUCUAUGGGCAAAGAAGCAGAAGGCUCUGACACAUUGCUUGCCUCGUGGAAGAAUAGCAUCGUCUUACGAGAAAUUGAAAGUUUGUUGAUUCUGCUGGAACAACCGGAAGAGGAACAAAACAAAGGUCGAGCACCAGGGGGCUCACCGCCAGAGCCUGAGGCCAACAGUAUUAUAUCCUCAGACACGCUGGAGUGGCAGAUACCUGAUGGGUUGCUUGACAGAGAGAGCUCACUACCCGCUAUAUCAUCACCGGUCAAGACACCUACGAAUACCUCCGCGGUCAAAGCUCCUACGCAACGCACGGCAACCAAGGAUAGCGGCGCCCAGACGUCUCUUCCCGACAACAGGAUGAAUUACUCGUUACCGGACAGGUCUUCCCAAAGUGCCAUAGAACCACCGGCGACCAUGCAUCACAAUAAAGACGACCACCUCCGCUUACCUUCUAAUGCAUGGUCCCUGUUCGACAUCUAUUUUACCUACACACAAUGUUGGCUUCCGAUACUUGAGAAACACGAUAUACUUAGAACAGCAUUCCGCUACGCUGAAGAAGACAUACGAAUAUCGACUACUUCACCAGGAAGCGGAGAUCAUGCAGCACUGUGGUCUGCUUUGACACUCGCCUCUUUCCAGGAGGUGUCCAUCGCAGCCACUCGGCAACUUACAGACCUUCCCAAAGAUCCUCCAGAUCCCCACAAUCUAUAUACCACUGCCAAAAGUCUGAUACCGUCUGAGGAGGGUAGAUACGAAGUCGGUCAUGUUCAGGCAUUACUCAUACUUUCACUCGUCAAGCUUGGGCAGCAGGAUUGGACGGCAGCAUGGAUGCUCGUGGGGCAGGCUGUUCGCAUUGCUCAGUAUCUUGGAUUAAAUUGCAAACUCAACGACGCUGGGCGGUCAAAACAUGUGUUCCUGGGUUGCUUUGUGCUUGAAACUCUGGUCGCGGUUCAGAUACACCAAAUACCAUCGUUACAGAAGGAAGACCUAUCGGAGGUUGGAUUGGUCAACGAGGAUGGUCUGGAAGAAUGGCAUCCCUGGGAGGACCAGACAGGUCUUCGUCCAGUCAAGCCGCCUUCCGACUCUUUUCAUCGCGGACCCCUUCAUGCCCUGAGCACGUUCAAUCGACUGGUUUCAUUGGUAUCCAUCCUGAAUGAGCUUAGCUGUCUACGGCAUCGUUCAACCGCGUCUGUGUCGCAACUGGAGAUUGUAGAGCGUCAGUUACAGCUUUGGGUUAGCGCGCUUCCCAAAGCUUAUCGUGUUGACCUACAGUCGAACCCGACUCGAUCGACGUCACCGCAUGUGUUUGGGCUUGAGAUGAUGUAUGAAGGGAUUGUCACUGUCUUGGGUCUGGAAAUCGCAAGCCAAGAAAGCAAUGGGACAAUGACAGAAACCCCUCGCAAGAGGCGUGCUAUUGAAAGCUCCAAGAGGCUAUUGCUUUUGCUUCAAAGUUAUAUGGAGACCUACAGUCUUUCAGCAACCUGUCCUAUGUUUGGGAUGAUAUUGACGUUUGGCAUUCAACAGUCUGACGAGGGACGGAGAGCAUCGUCGUCGGCUGAAUUUGACUUUGGCUUACGGAGCAAACUUCAAUCUUUCUCUUCUCAUAUCGCUUCGGUAUGGGCCGUACCAGAGAAGACUGCGGGGGAAAGCUCGAUGGAUAGGGUUCAGACUACAGUUGCAUCCACAUCCAUACCUGCGAACCAACAAAGAAGCUUUGCAGGCAUCUCUCCCUCUAAGACGAGUGUAUUACCGAAUAAUAUCAUACCUCAAGGCCCCUCCAAGUUUCAGGCUACUGCUCCUGAUCCGAGAAGCGAGGCGCCCCGAAUAGACAUGAUAGACGAUCCCCCAACUGGGCUCAAUAUCGAUUCCUUUCUAUCGAAUCCUUGGAUGAGAACACCGGCCAGUAUUGACGAUAGCACUUCACUGCUGAGGACCCCAACGCCGUCAUUGACAAACGCGCGUACUGCAGCCGAAACAUCACGCCAACCGUCACAACUGAAUGGGGCCACGCCUAGCAGAACACGGCAUUCUAUCUCUACAACGAAGCCUGCUCUUGAGGCAUCUUUAUUGUCUGACCUACCAGUACCUUUUCAACCAGCUCCGUCCCAGUGUCCGCCCACGUACAACGAUCCUAAUCUUAACCUUGAUUCAUUUGUCGAUAUUGAUGGAUAUGGACAACCUCAACGGCAGAGAAUUGCACCGGAUCUUGACGCACUGUUUGAUGAACUGGCGUCGUUGGAUGGCACUGAAAAGGCCGACAAUCAACCCGAGUUCAUGCAGAACCUUGGUUUUGUACCUGAUGCAGGGAUGCCGGAGCUCUAUCCAUAUAGCGAUCAAACGGAGCCGUUUCUUCUAGCGCAGACACAGCAG